GGGGGCUCAAUUCCGUGGCUCCAACCCGUGGAUCAAGGGGAUGACAUACCAUUGAACCCACACUGUAUCCUCCAGAAAGCCGCCGAGCCAUGGUCGGCAAUGGCGGAAAGUUGCAGUGGGUGCAGAUGCAGAAAGAACAGAUGAUGGCGGCGACUGUGGGAUCACGGAGCUCCGACAGACAAUCGAGUCAUUGCAGAGUAUAAUGAAUAAGCUCGAAGAGGAAGCUCACUUGUAUCAUGAAACACUGGACGAGGUACGUAGACAUGCCAGAGAGACUGAAGACCGCGCACAGCAGCAUCGAGGAGAUCGUGGACGUAUCGGGCAAGCUGCACAGGCUUGAGCAGUCGUUCUUCAGGUACGGUUUCGAGGAGUUCGAGAGGCUCGACCGCAUCACAACUGGCGAGCCAGGCAUGGAGGCUGCACACCGGAAAGAACCACACCUCUCCAGGCACAUGAGCAAGAGUUCAUCGACAUCUCGCAGGCUCCGUUUCGAUAUAAGUCCAGACCGACAUGCCUGUCGUGAUACAUCUCUCAUCAUGCAGGGAGCUACGACCACUACUCAAGCUAAUUGCACUUGCAUGUGUAGGGAAGCGGAUCUCGACGACGAAUCGGAUAUGGAACUUUUCGAGCUUGCAGACACUUUCCAACCAGGCGACGUGAUAUGCAACAUCCAUCAUUCAUGAGUUUCUCUCGUACGACAGUGUACGCAUAUGGUUGAAGAGGGAUGCAAAAGGGGCAGGCCAUAGAGAUCGACGGCGAUGGCGACAUGAGAGUGCGAUUUCCCAGCUUGGCUGUCGAGUUGUACGACGUGACGCGGUGGAUGCACAGCUCCGACUUCUGGAACUUACAUGUGAAGCCGCACAGGCAGGCGUCUUCCC